AUGGAAGUCCAGCUCUACGUGUACGACCUCUCCAAGGGUCUAGCCAGACAGCUCUCUCGCCAAUUCCUCGGCAUCCAGAUCGACGCCGUCUACCACACGUCCAUCGUCGUCGGUGGUAUUGAGUAUUUUUACGGCGCAGGUGUUCAGUCGUGCUACCCCGGUACAACCCACCAUGGGGCGCCUGAAGAGGUCAUCAAGCUGGGCAGCACGAGCCUCCCCAUGGAUGUGAUCCUGGAAUACCUCGAGUCUCUGAAGCAAGUCUACACGCCUGAGGCCUACGACCUGUUUGCGCACAACUGCAACAACUUCUCAAAUGACUUCGCCAUGUUCCUCGUGGGAAAGGGGAUCCCGGAUCAUAUCACGUCCCUACCGCAGCAGGUCUUGAACACACCUUUCGGGCAGAUGCUAAGACCACAGAUCGACGCAGCCAUGAGAUCCGUGACCCAAGCUCCAGUCCCGCCACAGAACGUGCCUAAUGGAGCACCCGGAGCAGUCGCCAACGGCAGCGCCAAUGGCGUCACUAAUGGCACUAACGGCACUACAAAUGGAUCUUCGACAAGCGGGAAAGUCCAUAGCGUGACGAGUCUACAAGAAGUCGACAGGCUACUUACGAGCGCCAAAGAUUCCAGUGCUGUCAUCUUCUUCACCUCUUCGACUUGCGCUCCCUGUAAGAUCAUGUACCCGGUUUUUGAUGAGCUUGCAGAGGAAGCAGGGUCGAAGGGCGUUUUCAUCAAGGUGGACAUCAACCAGGCAUACGAUGUAGCGGCAAAGUACAGUGUGCGGGCCACACCCACCUUCAUCACCUUCCUUAAAGGGAUGAAGGAUGAUCAGUGGUCCGGCGCCAACGAGCCGCAGCUUCGCGGCAAUGUCCGACUCCUGGUUCAACAGGCCAGUAUGGGCCACCCUCACACCCGCCUCGACCUUCCCAAGCUCCUCGGUGCAAGUCUUCAUCCGGUGACGUACGAAAAGAUUCCGCCGCUGGAGAAGUUGAUCCCGAAGAUGGGCGAGCAUGGCAGGCAUCCUAUCAUUGCCAUGGUAGCUGCAUUCAUCACCACCCGUCGGGAUUCUGGCUCGCGCGAAGCGCCCCUGCCUUCCCUCCCUGACUUCGCUAGCUUCCUCCGCGACGCGAUCUCCAAGAUCUCUCCCGACAACCUCUUCGCGGCGUACGACCUCUUCCGCUUGACGCUCACAGAUCCACGUGUAUCCGGAUUCUUCGCGGAGGAAGACGACGCCGCCACGCUCGCUGCAUUGAUUUCGCACGUCAACAAUCUCCAGGAGUGCCCGUACAACCUGCGCCUCGUCACCCUCCAGCUCGCUUGCAACCUCUUCUCGACAUCGCUGGUGCGCACACACCUGCUCGCCCAUGAAUCCUUCUCCGCUCUCCUCACCCACCUCCUCAGCGCCAGCCUCCUCGAUGAUAAGCACGGAAAUGUGCGCAUCGCGGCGGCCAGCCUGGCCUUCAACAUCGCCGCCGCCAACCACCGCAUGCGUAUCGAGGCUGAGCGUGACGUCUUGGAUGAAAGUGAGCAAGUUGAGAUCGUGGCUGCGCUGCUCGAGGCGGUCGCAGCAGAGCAGGAGAACAAGGAGGCGGUCCUGGCGUUGUUGACGAGUCUGGGGCUCCUGGUAUACUGUGCAGAUAUGGAGGGCGAAGUCGUGGACGUCUGCAAAGCCAUGGAUGCGAAGGGAACAGUCCUGGCGAAGAUGGAGUUGUGCGGCAAGGACGACAUCGUAGUCGAAGUCGGUAAGGUGCUUUUAGGGAAAGGCUUAGAGAUGUAG